AUGCUCCGGAAAGUGUUUUUGGCUGGUGGUCAUGUGACACCCUUCGUGGGAAAAGGAAGCCCGAAUUUCCAGAAAGGUCUCAAAGGCCUUAAAGAGUAUUUUGCUGAGUCCAUCCAGGGCGCAUUCCGGGAAACUGGUGCCAAGCCCGAAGCGAUCGACCGAAUUUAUGUUGGAAAUUUUGCAGGUGAGCUCUUCAACAGCCAGGGUCACCUGGGCGCCGCUGUUGCGGCGGCACACCCGGCACUGCUGCACCGGCCCUCCAUGCGAGUAGAGGCUGCUUGUGCCUCUGGAGGCCUGGCCUGUGCCGAAGCUGUACGUGCGAUCUGCGCGGGGGAUGACAUCGUCCUGGCCGUGGGUGUAGAGGUGCAGACAGAGGUUAAGUUGCCUUUAGAGAAAGCGGUGGCCGGCCCUGAGUUCCUCAAAAAUGAAGAGCUCAAGCCCUUCGUGCGAGCGACGCACUGUUCGCAAGUCUCAGAUGGCGGUGCUGCAGCCAUCUUCGUGUCCGAGGAGGGCCUCCGGAAGUGUGGCCUCAGCAAGCAUCAGGCGGUGGAGAUUGUUGCGACUGACUAUGGUGCAGGAGAUUUGUGGUCCGACCCAGAGGACUUAGCCGUUAUGGACACCACGAGAGCAGUCGUGUCACGGAUGUUGGCCAGCGCUGGCGUGAAGCCUUCGGACUUGGAUGUGGCAGAAGUCCAUGAUUGCUUCGCCAUCGCUGAGAUUCUCAUGUACGAGGCCAUUGGGUUGGCGCCUCCUGGAAAAGGCACUGAGUUGGUGAAAUCUGGCGCCACGUCCUUGGAGGGCAAGAUCCCAGUGAACACAGGUGGUGGCCUGAUAUCCUUUGGCCACCCAGUCGGUGCAACCGGCGUCAAGCAGGUCCUGGAAAUCUACAGGCAGAUGAAAGGCCUGUGCGGGGAUUACCAGAUGAAGUCGCAGCCCAAUCUCGGCCUUUGUGUCAACAUGGGCGGCGAUGACAAGACUUGUUCUGCGAUGUUGCUCCGAAACACUGCUCCAGCCAGCAAGCUUUGA